AGCAAAUCCUUUGAAGAAUCCAAAAAAUCCACACACCAAUGGCGACUUCAAUAGCUCGGUUCUCUCGGAAAACACUAACCCCCACCCUGAUCCGCCGUUUCUCCACCUCUUCCGCAGCACUCGCGACGAAUCCCGACCCACCGAAGCCGAAACUCACCCCGUCUCCGUCCCCUAAUCGCGCGAAUUGGGACUACAGAGGACAGAGACAGAUCAUCCCCUUGGGCCAAUGGCUUCCGAAGGUAGCCGUCGAUGCUUACGUGGCGCCAAACGUCGUGUUGGCAGGUCAAGUCACGGUCUGGGACGGCUCUUCAGUCUGGAACGGCGCCGUUUUGCGAGGGGAUCUGAAUAAAAUCACUUUGGGGUUUUGCUCUAAUGUUCAGGAACGGUGUGUUGUUCAUGCCGCGUGGGCUUCUCCGACAGGAUUACCAGCAGAGACGUUGAUAGACAGGUACGUGACAGUGGGUGCAUACAGUCUUCUCAGAUCAUGUACCAUCGAACCAGAAUGCAUCAUAGGGCAACACUCAAUACUAAUGGAAGGUUCACUGGUCGAGACCCGCUCAAUCCUUGAAGCUGGUUCGGUUUUGCCACCAGGAAGAAGGAUCCCAUCAGGUGAGCUAUGGGGAGGCAAUCCAGCAAGAUUCAUAAGAACCUUAACCAACGAAGAAACCUUAGAGAUCCCGAAACUCGCUGUUGCAAUCAACCACUUAAGCGGAGAUCACUUCUCUGAGUUCUUACCUUACUCUACAGUCUACUUAGAGGUAGAGAAGUUCAAGAAGUCCCUUGGAAUCCAUGUUUAGAAGUGUCUCCUUAGAAGCUUCGUUUUCAUUCUUCAAAGCUUCUCUUUUGGGUUUUGUGUCCUUAUUUAUUGUAUGAGAUCUCUCUGCAUUUUGCAAUAAGUAGCUGAAGACCAUCAAAGAUUUGAAUCUUUGUCUUCUCUAUUAUUUUUUUUUGGUUUCUUUGUAAACUGAUUUUGGCUGGAUUAUGGCCUGAGUGAUAAUGGCGAUGACUUCUUGUUUUGUUGUUUGUAAGCAAGCAAAGAUUUGCA